UUUAAAUGAAAUAAUGAUGGAUCGUGAGGACACGCUGUUAGAAAUUUCACUUUCGGCUAAAUCCGAACGAAGUACUACGUUAUCUCCACCAAUUCAACGUUGGAAAAAUGCUCCGUUACAUGAGCGAUGUAAUGUAACCGAUAUUAUAAAACUAAAGAAAGCGUUCACCACGUUUGGCAACAAGCUAACGCCAAAGCAAUUCCGAGAGCUGUUGCAGACGCUUUUAAACAUAGAAUACGACGACGAAGAAUUCAACAUACUGUUCAUGAAGAUAAAUUCAAACCGGUGUGGUGUAAUCGAUUGGAGUGAAUUCGUGUCUCAUUUGAUGCUAGGAUUUUUUGCAAAUGAUCCAGAAAAUCAACGAGCAUCACUUCAGCUACCGAUAACGGAAUCGCCUACGGUCAUACGGUCUCAUCACAGACAUUCAAUCACAAGAAUAUGUUUCUGUCCCGAUGUAGCUCAGGAUCGCAGUGUGGAUCGCAUGCAAGGGAAAUACAUUACGAUGAGCCGCGAUGGUAUGCUCAACUGGUGGUCGCUGGAUUUAACGUUGUUACGGUCAACGUUUUCUGUUAGCCCUAGUCUAAAGGUGUGUGCAACAUGGGUCACCGACAUGACGUGUAUGCCCGACGUGAAUAUCAUCGUCACCAGCUCCACGGAAAGGGAUCUGCGGUUCUACGACUGCACCGCCAAAACCUUUACGUUGAGACUCGUUAUCACCAGCUGGGAGCACAUGAUCUGCUCCUUCGACUACUUCUUCCAGCAGGACGCCAACAAGGAGUGUGUGCUGGUGUGCGGGGACUCCGGCGGCCACGUCCGUGUACUGACGUUCUCGCCCGUGGACCGCGGUCCCUUCCGCAACACGCCCGGAGCCAGCCUCGUGCAGAUCAGACAUCGCGAUUUGCAGAAACGAGUGUCGAAUAUACCGAUGCGGUUGGUGGAGCUGACGGGCGUGCACAGCGGGUGGGUGCGGCAGGUGCGGUGGUACGACACGCUCGGCUGCGUACUGUCCUGCGCCGCCUGCCCCGACGCCAUGGUGCUGCGAGACCUCACCGCCAAAGUGAACAGUGUGUUUAGAGUUGAAAAGGGUGUGCAAUGUUUCGCGGCGGACACACAGCGGCACGUGGUGGUGUCGGGCGGGCUGGACCGCGUGGUGCGAGUGUGGAGCGCGUUCGUGCCGACGCGCCCCACCGCCGAGCUGCACGGCCACCGCUCGGCAGUCGUUGCGCUCGUGCUGUCUGACCCUGCCACCGUCUACUCUGUGUCCCGCGACCGCGCCAUCAAGGUUUGGGACUUGCACUCGCAGUUAUGUGUUCAGACGUACGUGGGCGUGCCGGCGGGGGUGGGGUCUCACGCGCCACUGGCCGCUCUAUACCGCGGCUGCACGCGCGAGCUGCUACUGGGCGGAGCUAGACUGGCGCGGCUGGCGGUGGGGCGGCGCGAGCACACCGACCGCACGGACGGCCGCACGCACGCCAAGCCCGUCGCCGCCGUCCUCUACAAUCCGCUCUUCCGCCUCGUCAUCACCGUUGGCAUGGAUAGCAUCAUCAUUAAUUGGGACGUACUCACGGGCAAGCGCAACGCGAUAGUGCGUGACGCGCACACAUGGGUGGUGCAGGGCGAGGUGAUACCGGUGGAGAUGACGGCGGCGUGCUUCGACCCCGCCCACCAGCUGCUGCUGACAGGCGCCAGGGACGGCACGCUUAAGGUGUGGAACUUCAAUACCGGCGAGUGUUUGAGAAAGAUGGCUAUCGAACACAUGUGCGAAGUAGCUAACGUUUUUUGGGUAGAAGGCAGGAUCCUGGCGGUGGGUUGGAACCGUCACGUGACGGAGUUCGAGGCGGGUCCGGGGGCGGGGCCGGGGGGCGCGGCGGGGGAGGGCGGCAAGGCGUGGGAGACGCGGCACACGGACGACGUGCUCGCCGCCGCCGCGCGCCCGCCCUACACGCUCGCUACCGCCUCAUACAACUCGGAACUCGUCUUUUGGAAACUAGAGACGGGACAGCCUUACAGGCAGUUUUCAGUCGCCGAACCUUCACUGCGCAUUAAAAUGAUCCACAGCAAACGAUCUCAGGGUUCACCGAAAUCGCCACUAGUCCAGAUUAAGCGACCCUCGAUUACUCGUCAUCUUAGCGAUCGUGAGUCGCUGUCGAGUAUGUCGUCAACUUCGCGCAAGACGUUCGGUCGUCGCGCGUCGGGCGUCGCGCUGCCGGCGGGCGCCGCGGGCAUGCGCCGCCUCGCCGCGCACGCCGCGCUCGCGCUCAACACACGUCCCGCCAGUAUGCACGUCGCGUCAUUUUUGUUGGCGCUGGACAACGGUAAAGUGCAGUGCUGGUCGGAGCACGCGGCGGGCGGGUUGCGCGGGACGUUCCGCGCCGCGCACGCCGCCGGCGACUACGUGGCCGCGCUCGCCACAGACCAACAGAACCGAUAUCUCUUCACCGGCACCACCGUCGGCUACGUCAAAGUCUGGCUUCUCACUAACUACUUGAGCCACGAAAAGGUUCACGUGAGCAUGCCGAAGCUCCGCCUGACGUUUCCGUUCCUGUGGCGCGACCGCAUCGAGGGGCGGGCCAAGCGCAGCGUGCGCGGCCAGCGUCUACCGCUGCUGCUCAACAGCUACAGAGCACAUCUACGAUGCGUCACUUCUCUCGCUUUUGUCGACGAAAUGGAAUUGCUUCUAACUGCGUCGUCGGACUGCAGCGUGCGCGUGUGGCGGUUAUCGGGCGAGUACUUGCAGACGCUCGGCGGCCACAUCCCCUGGUCGCUCGAGCAGACACGCUUCCCGCCCGACGUUCAGAAAGUCGCCAGCUUCACAACCUUAAAGGUACUUUUUCGAGUAUGGCGAGGCGGAGAAGUAUCGCGGUAUGUGCCGGGCCGUCCGCCCCCGGAUACUGUGGGCGAUGUGACGGCGCUGGAGUUGCGCACGCACACGUACGGCGUGCCGCUGCCCGCACCGCCGCUGCCGCGCACGUUAGAGCCGCCGCCACGCCCCCUUCCGCCCCCACCGCCAGAACUCGACGACAGCUUGCCCACGAUCCCGCUGUACACGCACCUGCGACUGGCGGGCACGGCGGCGGUGCGGCGCGCGCAGACGCCGCCACUAGUACGCGAUACCCGCCUUCGCGAGGCGCAGGCCAAGCUACCGCGCACGCACUUCGAUCCCAAUCUCAUUUAACAACGCUCAUAGAUUUAUUAUCAUUUUACUUGCAUUUGGAAAGUAUUUUAAGUUUUGAUAGGUAUGUGAAUUUAUGA